AUGUUUUUGAUUUACGGGUCAAACAAUGCGAUGUCUAUUAUUGCGACGAUGGCGUGGAUCGCGACGAGAGCUCAGGUGAUUGAGGACAUUGAAAACAGUCGCAUAUGUAAUGCCGACAAACCCUAUGUCGACGCCAUAGUCUUCUUCGAUAACCACUUCUUCGUGAUCGUCGACGACAAGUACUACGACUACGAGUUCGUGGCCAACGGGUUCCGGUACCUGAGCGACGGGCCUCAAGUCAGACAACUCAUUGAUUACGACCGCAAGAGGGACACAACCAAUGCACACGACAUAAACAUGAAGAUCAUUGAAAAGGGCCGAUAUUUGGCCGGAUUUUAUCAGCCCUUUUACGACGGCCAGGACUGCAACAAUACAGUAGCCGUCGAUUCCAUACCCUAUUUCAGUGAAGCCCUGAACCCAGUCUCCCGUAAUGUUAAGCGCGUCUCUAAACGCCAGGUUUCCACCGCUACUACCGGUCAGCCCGCACUCACCACAGCGUCCAACACAUCCACAACCCAUGGAUUAGUUGUUAGCACUCAAACCGUUCAAAGAAGUACCGAUGCUUUUACCGCAAGUGGUGAUACAGACAGUGGUACAGACAGUGGUACAGAAAGUGGUACAGAAAGUGAUGGUACGAACUCGAGGAUUACGACUAUCAACAAAAAGAAGAUGAAUCUAAAGACUUAG